UCUGUCCAGUUUUUUUUUCGGUGAAAGGGGGAGUUAGUUUGCAAGAUGAUGCGAUGUGUAUGCUUGUCACCCUUCCCGGGAAUGGCAUUUCUGUCUGAGUUGAGCAGAGGACACUCGCUGGCCAAAGCAUCCGCCAGAUCUGUCUGAGGGAUCCGUUCCUUGCUCGCUUUGGACCCGCUAGCCCAGCUCGCCCCCUUCCCAAGUUGCAGCCUAAAGGUGCAUCAUGCAGCCAGCUUCAGGAGCAGAGCCGGACCUGCACGCCUCCAACUACACGGAGAACCAGACCUCGGGCUGUUUCUCCGCGGGUCCAAGCUGCAAUGGAAGCUCUCUCGCUUCUGCCAACCAAACCGAUUCCCUGGGCAGAGACGAAGCCUUGGCCAGGACGGAGGUCUUGGUGCUGGGCGUCAUCUUCUUGGUGGCCCUCGUCGGGAACCUGACCGUUCUCCUGGCUCUGUACAAGACGAAGAAGAAGAUGUCUAGGAUGCAUCUCUUCAUCAGGCACCUCAGCCUGGCCGACCUGGUGGUCGCCCUCUUCCAAGUGCUCCCUCAGUUGAUCUGGGACAUCACCUACAGGUUCAACGGGCCCGACUUCCUCUGCCGGAUAGUCAAGCAUGUCCAAGUGUUCAGCAUAUACGCCUCCACUUACAUGAUGGUCAUGAUGUCUAUAGACCGCUACAUCGCCAUCUGCCAUCCUCUGAAGACCCUCCAACAACCCACCAAGAGGUCCCGCGUGAUGAUCAUCGCUACUUGGCUGGGUAGUCUCAUCUUGAGCACCCCUCAAUACUUCAUCUUCUCCCUCAGGGAGGUCGAGGCGGGCUCUGGAGUCUACGACUGUUGGGCAAGCUUCACCUUGUACUGGGGAAUCCAGACGUACAUCACCUGGAUCACCAUCACCGUCUUCAUCAUCCCCGUCCUCACCAUGGUGGCGUGCUAUUCCUGCAUUUGUUGCAGUAUCUUCAGGAACGUCAAAUACAAGACCAAGAAAAACGCGGGCGGGACCUCGUUCGAGAACGGCUUGAUCACCAUAGGCGUGAACAACGUGAAGACCAUCUCCAAAGCCAAGAUCCGUACGGUGAAGAUGACUUUGGUCAUCGUUCUGGCAUACGUGAUAUGCUGGGCGCCCUUCUUCACCGUCCAGAUGUGGUCAGUCUGGGACCACAACUCCCCGAAGGAAGAUUCUACGGACGCGGUAUUUACUCUCACCAUGCUGCUCGCCAGUCUGAACAGUUGCUGCAACCCGUGGAUCUACAUGUUCUUCAGUGGUCACCUCCUGGGCGAUGUCGUGCACUUAUUCCCCUGUUGCCAAAAGAUCACCCAGAAGCUGGAGGAUUCGGAGACCAGCAUCAAGCGACACACCUUGCUGAGCAAAAGCAGCCACAGGAGCCCUACAUUCACCUCGUACAACUGGAAGGACAGUGGCACCCCUCCCCAGUUGUCCCAGUCAACGGCAAUUGAGGCAAGACCAUUUAUUUGACUGGUUCUUGCUCUGCCUCCCUACCACAUUAAAAUUAUUAAUAGUAUGCUAAAAUGCAGUACCGUCAAAAAAACAUUCACCCAAACUUCACUGUUACUCUCAGAGACACAAAAAAUUGCACAUAAUGGAAUCUUGAGCAAAUCUCAAAGUGCUGGAGGAACUCGGUGGGUCAAGCAGCAUCUGGGGAGGGGCUGGAUGAGCAAUGUUUCAUGUUGGGACCUUUCUGCGGAAGGUCCCAACCUGAAAUAAAUGGACAGGUGGCGUUUCGGAAUGACCAUUCUUCUGAUUGAAAAAGGGUCUUGAUCCGAAACGUCGCCUAACCCAUUGAGUUCCUCCAGUACUUUGUAUCACUUUCAGAGAAGUCAGGGAUAGAGGCAGUGUGGAUUAGAUACUGGGAGGCAAUGGCAGUCAAAAACAUACCUUUACUUUGGUUUCAUUCCAACUGCUGGUGAGAUAUCAAUCAUCUUGACUUCUCCAUUCCCCUUAUCCACUCCAACCUCACCCCCCACCGAACACACUGCUCCAGUCUGAAGAAGGCUCCCAGCCCAAAACCUCACCUAUCCAUGUUCUCCAGAGAUGCUGCCUGACCUGCUGAAUUACUCCAGCAAUCUGUAUCCUUAUUUUUAUUUUUGUUGAGUUUUCUUUUGAGUAGGAGCAGAUUGGCCAAGCAUGUUGCAAGGAACAGAGUGAAGGUCAAAACACAAUUGAUCUAUGGCUCACAAUAAAUGAACUGUAGCAAAUAAACGCAUUUCUAUUGU